AUGUCCCCUCUUUCAUUCGAUCUCACCGUCUUUUGCAUCUUCUCAGCUGGUUACCACUACCGCAUCUUCAUUCCUCUUGCUCACGUCCAGCUCCCCGCUCAAGAAAUUCGAUCCCGCGCAUGGGAUAACUUGGGUUUGCCUCCAUCUACUCGUAAGGCCUAUGAGGAGUAG